AUGGUGGUGAAAUUAUUUUUCCUCCUGGGGAUAGCCUUUGCACUUAUUGAAAUCCCUCUGCAUCCUCUUCGCAACCAAGACGAGCUACUUGCUUACUACAAGAGCCCUAGAACAUUCAAGAGAUUCGGCGGAGGUACCACAAACACUAUUCCAAUGACAAAUUACAUGGACGCUCAAUAUUUCGGCCUCGUUGGAAUUGGAACUCCUCCUCAAUACUUCAAGCUCGUUUUUGAUACUGGUUCUUCCAACUUAUGGGUUCCUUCAUACAGUUGCCAAACCUUGCCUUGCUUUGUUCACAGCACUUACAAGUCCUCUGCCUCAAGCACCUAUGUGAAAAACGGUACCCUUUUCAACAUCACCUAUGGCUCUGGAGCUGUAGAAGGAUUUACAAGCCAAGAUACAGUCACUUGGGGAUCUUACUCAAUUCCUAAUGUGCUUUUCGCUGAAAUUACUAACCUACAAGGAAUUUCAUUUGUAGCUGGAAAGUUUGAUGGUAUUUUAGGACUUGCGUGGCCUUCAAUUGCAGUAAAUAACAUUCCUCCAACCUUCCAAUAUUUAUGGCAAACAGGACUUAUUGCUGCUAAUCAAUUCUCAGUAUACCUCAGCAAGGUUGCAGGAGCUGCUGGCAGCGUUCUUAUAUUAGGUGGCUCUCAGCCUGGUCUUGGUAAAACUGCAUUCAACUAUGUGCCUCUUUGCAACCAAACUUAUUGGAUGAUAAAUCUUGAUAGUUGCUCAAUUGCAGGCACUAAAAUUCCAUUCAGCGGCCUCCAAGGCAUUGUGGAUACUGGGAAUGCAGGCCAAUUAUCGUACACUUUUGAUGGUGUGAAAUUUCCUGGUUGGAUUUUGGUUGAAAUUUUUUGAUAGUGAGACAUUUAAUCAAAUUUAGCUAUUUUCGAAAAAUGCCUAACUAUUAAAAAUUUCUAACAAUUUUUUUAAGGAAAUAACACAGAGACUAGGAGUCGAUACUGGCACUUCACUUAUCGUUGCGAGAAACGAAAUCAUUGACUAUUGGAGACUGAAAAUCGGCGAUAUUAAGUCAGAUUGCUCCAAUAUCAACUCACUUCCAACAAUUUCUUUUACAAUUAAUGGAAUUAACUACCCACUGACUCCACAGCAGUAUGUUUUGCAGAUAACAUCUCAGAAUCAAACAGAGUGCAUUGGUGGAUUUGAGGGAAUAGAUUUCCCAUCUUACCUAAGCCAUGACUUUAUUCUUGGUGAUGUGUUUAUCAGAGCUUACUAUACACUCUUCGAUAUCGCUGGCGCAAGAGUUGGCUUUGCAACAGCAGCUUAA